AUGAAAUUCUUUGCUAAAGAACUUAUAGUCGACCAGCAUGGUAAAGCCACCAAUUUUCGGCUACACAGCUUCCAGUUUCCACAUAUGAGAGCCUUGCACUUUGCUUGGUUUUCGUUCUUGGUCGCGUUCAUGUCGUGGUACGCUAUUCCUCCUAUCGGCUAUCACAUCGCCCAGGAUCUGAACAUUCCCCAAGUGCAAGUCUAUGAUGCAAACAUGGUAUCUGUUGCCAUCACAAUCGUAGCUCGUCUGGUUAUCGGUCCACUUUGUGAACGCUUUGGUCCGCGACGAAUGAUGUGCGUUGUUCUUGUUUGUGGUGCAAUUCCAUGCGGCAUGACUGGCCUUAUUAGCAGUGGUACCGGUCUUAUUGUCAUUCGAGCAAUUAUAGGUAUUCUCGGAGGUGCAUUUGUCCCAUGUCAAUUUUGGACCACGCAAAUGUUUGCGCCAUCUAUCGUCGGCACAGCCAAUUCCUUGUCAGCCGGUUGGGGUAAUAUGGGUGCAGGCAUCACAUAUCUUGUAAUGCCCGCCAUUUACGAUGGCAUUGCAGCACACACAAGCAACGCAAUUGCCUGGCGCGUGACCUUUGUUGUUCCUGCUGGUAUUUGUAUCGUGGUUGCCAUUAUAAACUAUUUCUUUGCUACCGAUACUCCCCAUGGUGAUUGGCUCGUACUGCGCCGUCAAGAAGCAGAGGGGCAAUAUUGCGACAGCAGCAGCAGCAGUAUCACAUCGAUCGAAUCGCCGGAUCAGAAAAUGGAGAUAGGUGUUGCCAUUGUUGGAACAGCCGAGGAAGUCAACAACAUCAGGGGCGAUAAAACCAACGACGACGAGUCAAUUGUGGAUGUCAAGCGCAACCAAUCGUUUGGCGAGACUAUGCUUACUUUUGGUAAAGUCUUUUGCAAACCGCCUGUCCUUAUUAUGAUAGUCCACUAUGCUUGCUCAUUGGGUGCCGAACUUGCCAUUGAUAACGUUAUUGGCGAUGUCUUCCGUGAACAUUAUAACUUGGCACCUUCCACAGCGGCUUACAUUGGCUCAGUCUUUGGUCUGAUGAACUUGUUCUCGCGCGUAUGCGGUGGUCUUCUUUCCGAUUACUUCGCACACCGAUUCCAUCUCCCCGGUCGGAUCCUAGCCCAUUUCGUACUGAUGACUCUCGAAGGCAUCUUCCUUAUCGGAUUCAGCUUUGGAUUAGACACAAACAUGCCAACAGCGAUCGUUUUGAUGAUCUUCUUCUCCUUUUUCGUUCAGGCUGUCUGCGGUUCAACAUUUGGUAUCGUUCCAUUCGUAGACCCUCUCAAUAACGGCAAGGUCAUGGGUAUGGUUGGUGCAGGCGGCAACAUUGGCGGUAUCGUCUUCAAUCUCAUGUUCCGUCAGUUUCAACCUCACUUUCAUAAGGCUUUCUUGUGCUUGGGUUGCAUUGCUCUCGGUGCAGGUGUCAUUGGAAAUUUAAUGCUUCGCGUCCAAGGAAAAGGUCUCUUGCAUUUAUUUGGUGGCCGAUACGCCUAA